CGGUUCAGUUAUCUCUUGUGCACCGGCCGUGUCGCGCGUGCAGUUAGUCGUCGUCGUUGUUGUUCAUCGUUGCUCAGUAACGGUUCUGCUGCUGCUCUCAUCCAGGACUUGUCCUAUGCAAACGAUAUUUACGUACAUACAUCAUCGCACUACAUUCACCCAACGCAAUCAACAGACAUCGUUUUAAACGGUUUUCGGAUACAUCUCGUGUUCCGCUAUGUGAGCGGAGAACGAUUGACGCUGGCUCUCAUAUAAAAUCGAGAUCGACAGGGAUCGAAACGCUGACGGUACAUCAUGUACCGGUUCACCAAAGCCUCCAAGGAGGUGUCGUCGUCAUCUUCGGGAGCGGGCGGUCGGCCAGGUGGUAGCCGGCUGUUCAUGCAGGGCACCCGUGAGAGUGACGACGAUGUGCGCGACCUGCAAGCCGUGUACACGAAACGGCACCUAUCCACCGAGGUGACUGGGUCUAAUCACGAGUCACAAAAGGUGGACAAGCGCCCGGAAGUUGGUAGACACUCGGUCACCACUCGCGUCCUACGUAAAACCACUGUAUUAACGCGCGGCGUUGAGGUGUCGGCUACCGAAAGCAUGAUGAAAACCGGCCAGAUGAUGGUUUCCGACCAGCCGUACGAAGAGUCCAAGAGGACCUCGUCCAAACAUCACCAUCAGGUCAUCAAGACGAAGAAAGCCAAGAUAUCUGACAUUGUCGUCGGUGAAGAACCGAACGUAUCGGCGCGUGAUGCAUUAUUGAAAUGGGCUCGCAAAUCAACAUCGAAAUACCCAGGUGUUCGAGUGUCGGACUUCACGUCUUCUUGGCGGGAUGGUAUGGCAUUCAACGCGAUUAUACACAGAAAUAGGCCGGAUUUAGUCGAUUGGCGCAAUAUCAAAAGUAAAAAUGUUCGUGAGCGAUUAGAGUCUGCAUUUUACAUCGCAGAACGAGAAUAUGGAGUUACCAGAUUAUUGGAUCCCGAAGACGUUGAUACCCACGAAAUUGAUGAAAAAUCAAUUAUUACGUAUAUAUCAUCGUUACAUGAAGUGUUUCCAGAACCCCCACGUAUACAUCCUCUUUAUGAUUCUGAAUCUCAACAGCGUUCUGGGGAAUAUCGUGAAAUUGCCUCAUCAUUAAAUCGUUGGAUGCGUGAAAAGUUAUCUGUAAUGUCCGAUCGUAAUUUCCCAUCAACACUUAUUGAAAUGAAAAAAUUAGCAUCCGAUUCUACCAAAUUUCGUAAUGAAGAACUUCCACCUCGUCAUCGUGAAAAACAACAUCUGGUCCAUUUAUAUAAAGAACUUCAAAAAUAUUUUGAGGCUGUUGGUGAAAAUGAUAUUGAGCCCGAAUUACAAGCUGAUGCUAUUGACCGUACUUGGAAUCGUUUGAUGAUGUCAUACCAAGAUCGAGAUUCUGCUAUUCAGGAAGAAAUAAAACGGCUUGAACGCUUACAAAGAUUAGCGGAAAAAGUUCACCGUGAAACCAAGCGCACCGACUUGAAGUUAGAUGAGUUAGAAACUAGAAUUGUGGAAGAAGGUCGCCGGGCAGAUAGACUUCACCCAUUGGAUGCGAAACACAAUGCUGAUCAACUGGAGACUGAGUUACGUCUAUCUGAAGAUACUAUUCAGUCGCUGUUUGUUGAUGUACAAGCACUCAGAGAAGGACGAUAUGUGCAAGCACCUGAGUUACAAAAGAGAGUGGAAAAACUACAUCAAAGAUGGGUAAAUUUGCGAUCUUUGUUGCAUUCAAAAGUUCUUACUCCUUUGGCUACUCUAUCAUUUCCAAUUGUUGAAGAGCGUACGGUUACCAAACAAACACGUACCAUUCUGGAAACCCGACUUGUUGAUACCAAUACUCAUUUCCGUUCAUUGCAAGAAUGCAUUGAUUGGUGCAAUAACAAAUUGAAACAAUUACAGGAAGCUGAAUAUGGUUCAGACUUACCUAGUGUCCAAGGGCUUUUGGACCAACACCAGCGUGAACAUAAAAUAAUCGACCAAUUCCAUACUAAAGUUGAGCAUUGCAUAAACGAUAAGAGUAAUUUCCACGGUGAUGAGCUAUCCCUGUAUUCACAACACUUGAAUACAUUGCAGAAGGUUUAUGCUGAAUUAGUUACUUUCUCUAAUAAACGGUUAUCUGACUUAGAAACACUGCAAGACUUCUUACAAUCAGCAACAAAUCAGCUUAUUUGGCUCAAUGAGAAAGAAGAAAUUGAAUUAAAUCGCGAUUGGAGUGAUAAAGAUUUAAACAUACCAUCAAUUCGACAAUACUAUGAGUCAUUAAUGUCAGAGCUUGAGAAAAGAGAGAUUCAAUUAAGUUCGGUUCAAGAUCGCGGAGAAGCGUUAAUUCUUCAGGGUCACCUUGCAUCAAAGUGUAUUGAAGCUUAUAUAUCUGCAUUGCAAACACAAUGGACUUGGUUACUCCAGCUGACUCUUUGUUUAGAAACUCACUUAAAGCAUGCCACAUACUAUCAUCAAUUUUAUGCUGAUGUCAAAGAAGCUGAACAUUGGUUAAACAAACGAGACGAGUUACUAAAUUCUGUUUUUAGCCAAUCGGAAUUUAGUUUAGAUGAUGGAGAACGUUUAUUGAAAGGUAUGCAAGACCUCCGAGAAGAAUUAAAUAACUUCAGUGAAGUGAUCGGUACACUAGAAGAUCGAUCAAGGCAAGUAGUUCCACUGAAACAACGUAGACUUCCAAUUACUAGACCUAUACCAGUGAAUGCAAUUUGUAGCUUCAAACAAAAUGGGAUUAAUGUUGAAAAAGGUUCUCAAUGGUUGCUCCAUGAUAAUUCGGGACGAAUCAAAUGGAGAGUGUCUAGAGGAAUGAAUCUAACUGAUGAUUCAAAUGUUCCUGGUGUUGUAUUUUUAAUACCUCCUCCAGAUCAAGAAGCUUUAGAUUCUGUAGAUCGAUUGCGUAGAGCAUAUGAUCGUACAACAGCAUUAUGGCAACGCAAACAGUUGCGUAUGCGUCAAAAUAUGAUAUUUGCUACAAUCAAAGUUGUCAAGGGAUGGGAUUUAGCUCAAUUUUUAGCCAUGGGCACUGAUCAACGUAAUGCUAUUCGUAAAGCAUUAAAUGAUGAUGCUAAUAAGUUAUUGAGAGAAGGUGAUCCAGCUGACCCUCAAUUAAGAAGACUCAAGAGAGAAAUGGAUGAAGUUAACAGACUAUUUGAUGAAUUUGAACGGCGAUCACAAGCUGAAGAAGACAGUAAAAACCUUACACGAAUGUUUACUGAUCAAGUUAAAUCUAUUCAAAUUUCAUUGGAUGAAUAUGAACACACAUUAAAUACCAGGUUGAGUGCUCCUAUACCAAGAGAUAUGGAUACUUUGGAACAUUUAGUUAUUCAACACAAAGAUUUUGAAACUUCACUGAAGAACUUGGGCCCUGAUGUAGAAGCCAUGCAAGCUACAUUCAAAAACAUACCAAAUAAAACACCAGCUUUACAAACUAAACAUGAUAAGGUUUUGAACCAAUGGAACCAGUUAUGGAAUCUUUCUCAGCUUUAUGUUGAAAGACUUAAGUGUGCAGAAAUUACUUUGUCUGGAUUAGAUGAUGCAAACAAUGUUAUAUCAGAUUUUGAAAUAAAAUUAGCAUCUUACGGUGAAAUGCCAUCUGAAUUGCCGGCUUUAAAAUUAGUACAUCAAGAUCUGAUAGCAUUGCAAAAAAAUGUUGUCCUUCAACAGCCAGUCAUUGAUCAGUUGGUUGAAGAUAAACAUAAUACCAGGCGUUUAACAGAAAAAUCCAGACACCACUUACCACGGACUGCUCACCACGAUUUGGAUAGACUCGACAGUGAUGUAAAUCGUAUAACAAGUAGAUGGAAUAAUGUUUGUAGUCAAUUAGUCGACAGACUAAAGAGCUGUGAAGCAGCUUACGAUCUUUUGAAUAAAUACAAAAAUUCGUACCAGUCUGAAGUUAAAAUCAUCGAUGAGAACUAUGUUAAAUUGAAUAAUGUCGCACCUCUUAAAAUGCAAGCAAGAGAUCUUACAGAAACUACUAAGGCUUUGUAUAACAAGGUGCAGGAACGUACUAAAGCAAUUGAGAGCGUCAAUGUGGAUGGUGGAAGAUUUAUACGAGAAGCUAAGAUAUAUGACCUACGACUUCAACAUUACUGUGCGUGGCUGGUAGAUGAAGUGCAUCCAAGCCUUGAUGCUAGCAACCAUAAUAAAGGCCAAAAUAUGGAUCCCAGUGUUGGUGAAUUGGCUGUGUCUCAUGAACUUGACGUGCUCAACCAUAGAUUUCAAGCAUUGCUUAACAUGCUGAUUGACCAGUUGAAUAAUCUAGCAUCAAUCAAUACUGAUGAUCUUGAACUACAGGAAUAUGUGAAGACAUUAGAGGCUAGGCCAUUGCGCACAUUCAGAACUGAAUUCAAUAUAUAUGAUACCAUUCUUGAUGUAUCAACAAAUGGUAUAGAUGAAACGAUAACGGCAAAAAAUAUAGAUCAUCAGUCAUCUGUAAUGGGUAAUCAACAUUCUGCACAAACUGUUGAAUCUAAUGGUGAUGCAGAUAUUCGUUCAUUGCGUCGACGUAUGGAAGAAGCUACCGGACUUGAUGAUGAUAUUAUUAAUGCUCCGGGAAUUAUCCAUCCCAAGACUGGCGAAAUUUUAACUGUAGGCGAAGCAAUUCGUUUACGAGUAUUAGAUGUACGAACUGGUCGUAUUGCCACUCAACCAAAUUCAAAAUCUGGUUGGGUAACUAUUGAGAAAGCUGUCGAGAAAGGAUUGGUGGACAAGGGUUUAGCAAACAAACUUUUGGGUCCGUGUGUUGUUGGCGAUCACGGACCACAAAUGACUUUGCUAGAAGCUAUUCAAAAGGAGUUAAUGGAUGCUGAACGAGGACCAGUUGAAAGGAUUAAGGUAAAAAAUGAAGAACAUAUUGCUGAUUAUAUUGAGACUCUCAAUUCAAGUGAGGUUAGGGGUGAGGUAUUUCAAGUGUUAAAUAAAAAAGUCACAUUAAAUGAAAAAGAAAUUACUGUACUCGAUGCUGUUCAUCAAGGAAACUUAGAUAAAAUUAAUUUGGCUGAAGAUGAAAUACAACUUUUAUCAAAAAUUAAUGGCCUUAAACCAAAAAGUGCAUUGAAAGUCGUAUUGACUAAAACAUUAGACGCUUUAAAAAUUAAAGAAGAUCCUAAGACUGAUUUGCCAACAGAAGGUUGGAGUUUAUUUGAAGCAAUUAAACAAAAUUUAUUUGAUCCUGAAUCUGGUACUUUUAUUAUACCUGGCACUGACAGGUUAGUAUCAUUUAAAGAGUGCAUUGAUAUGCGCAUUAUAAAUCCAGAUUCAGCUCUAGUAGUUGAUCGAACCAAGUCAAAAACAUUAUCAUUAAAACAAGCAUUGAGGAAAGAUAUUUUAGAUGCCACUGGCCACUAUCAAGGUAGUACAAUGAAAGAAGCUAUAGAAAAUAACUUUGUAUAUGAUCCAUCAACAAUUGAAUAUGUUUCCACACCUGUUGAAACUGUCGUAGUAAAAGAUGGUAAACGUAAAGUUGAACGGUUUAAUAGUAUGAGACCUCAAUUUUUUGUACAAGAAUCAAUAACAGAGGAAGAAUUAGACGAUUUUAUACAUAAUGAGGCUAGAAAUGUACCAUCUUUUCCGAUAUCACUACUAGAAUCAAGCACCACAGGAAUAACCUUGCAAGCCAUGGCAGAAAAGUACAAACUGUGCGAUGACACACUGUCAGAAUACUUAAACUGGAUUGGAGAAAUUGAAGACAGAAUUGCAAAUCAAGAUAUAGCUCAAGAAGGUUUGGAUCAACUACGAAAUCAAAUAAACAUUUUAAAACUGAUUAAAGAAGAAAUUGAUUCACAAUUACGUCCUAUUACAACAUGUUUGGAUCAAGUACGUCAUAUAAUUGCCACAGGCAGUGAAUAUUUGUCUAGAGAAGAAAUAAAUAAUGUUGAGAAGAAAGGCAAAUCGCUGAAAUCUCGGUAUGACCAUGCAAAUGAACGUACUGGUAAACUGCUUCGUCGCUUGGUUUCUGCUAAAGAUGAGUUAUCCAAGUUUAAUUCUGAACUUACCACAUUUACGACAUGGAUGGAUAGAGCUCAGCGCACUCUUGAUGAGAAAGAACGUGCGUUAGCUAAUAUAAAUAGACUUGCUGAUACAUCGUCAACUGAAUCCACAAGGGAGUUUGUAUCUGAUGUCAUUGCACACCAAGCAGAUCUCCGCUUUAUCACAAUGGCAGCACAAAAGUUCAUUGACGAGUCUAAAGAAUAUCUAACCUGUUUAAAUGAUUUUAGAACUGGUUUACCAUCUAGACUUCAUCAUAUUGAACCAGUAUCAUCACAAGACAGUGUAGUUAAAAAUACAGUUAUCAAUGUCACUAAUAAUUAUAGAGAUUUAUUAACUCGAGCUAAUGCCUUGUCUGAUAAAUUAAGUGGUCUUAACUCUAAACAGAGAGAAUAUAAAGAUGCCUUGAAUGCUGUUAAGGCUUGGCUUCGAGAUGCUGAACCGAGAGCUAUAAAACUUAUCAAUGAACCAAUUGGUGCCGAUCCAAAUGCUCUUGAAGAUCAAUUCAAUCGAACAAAAACUUUGAAUAAUGAAUUUUUGGGACAAGCUAGGCUUAUUGAAAAUGUCAAACAAGCUGCAGAUGGUUUAAUUAGGUCGCUUGAAGGCCAAAGUGGUAUCAAAGAAAUUGAGGCCAUUCAAGGCCCAGUUAAUGAGUUGGAAGAUAAAUACAGAUCUUUAUGCAAUGGUUUAGCUGACCGACUAUCACAAUUAGACACUGCAUUAGUUCAAUCACAUGGUGUACAAGAUGCUUUAGAUUCAUUACUUCAUUGGUUAAACGAUGCUGAAGCCACAUUAAAGUAA